UAGUCUUAAUCAAAGCCUUCAACGAUGCAGUUGCAUUCGGGGAAAAUAUAUAAGCAAAUGGAUUUAUCAGUGAUUUUUAUAUCUUACCUAAGCUUUGUACAAAUAUCUGUCAUUCCAGGUAAAGCUACUGGAUCUACUGUAGUUGGUGGCAAUCCUGCCCCGCCGAAGAAAUAUCCCAUGGCUGCUCGUCUUGGCCAUGUCAACCCUCUUGAGAACGAUACCAAGUGGUUCUGCGGAGGCACGUUGAUUAGUCACCGGGUGGUUUUAACGGCUGCCCACUGUUUCUAUUCAGAUGUGGGAUCAGUAAAUAUUGUGCGCCUGGGCGAACUAGUUUUCGAUAGCAACACGGACGAUGCAGAGCCGGAGGACUAUGAGGUUCUGGAAAGCAAGGCCCAUCCGGACUUCAGGUACCCGGUGCUCUACAAUGACAUUGGGAUUGUUCGGUUGCGUAAACACGUAACCUUUAGCGUUUACAAAAUGCCAGCCUGCCUUCCUUUGAAUAAUGGAGAGCAGUUAAGUUUCUUCACUGCCAUCGGUUGGGGUCAAACGGAGUAUGAUAACUUCGAGCCUUCCAAGGAACUGAUGGAGGUGAGACUUCGAAACUAUAAUCGCUCAUGUCGGGAGACAACGUAUCCAAAUGAGGACUUGCCCGAAGGCUAUAAAGCACAAUCGCAAUUGUGCAUUGGAUACCCCGGUCACAGGGACACUUGUAAUGGUGACUCUGGUGGUCCACUCCUGAUUGCCCAUACUGGAAAUGGAUGUAAAUUCCAAGUCAUGGGAAUCACAUCGGUAGGCAUUGCAUGUGAUACUCCGAAUGUUCCCAGUUUGUACACCAGGGUGCACUCCUUCCAAGAUUGGAUCAUAAAGGAAAUAAACAGCGGCUAGUCGUAGCCAACAUUUGCAUAAUUAAAAACGAAUUUGAUCAUUAUAAAGAA